UUAUUUUUCAGGAGGUUCAAGAUGAAAAUCAAAGAUCCAUUUAAAAAUUACUCUACAUGCAAUGAAGUUCUGUUUUUCAAGAAAUAGUUCAUGAUUUGGAAAGUGAAACUUAACUCACUUUCAUGGAAAAGAGGGGAUGGAGGGAAAUUCCAUAACUCAAAAGCCACAAUCAAUAUAAAUAAUACUUUCAAUUCUUUAACCUGGGACUUCCCCAACGAACAGAAGGCAGGUUUUGCUGAGUCAACCGUAAUGUUAUCCAAUCAGAGUUAGAGAGGAAAGGUGCCUUUACAAAUAAAUACUGCAUCCUAGCCCCGUGUUUUCUGAGACAUUCCUCAACUGCAUAGACAUUCUGAGCCUACUGCAGAGGAACCUCCAGUCACAGCACCAUGAACCAAAGAGCUGUUCUCAUUUUCUGCCUCAUCCUUCUGACUCUGAAUGGAACUAAAGGAAUACCUCUCAAUAGAGCUAGUCGCUGUAGCUGCAUCAAGAUUAGUCAUCAACCUGUUAAUCCAAAGUCCAUAAAAAAACUUGAAGUGAUCCCUAAAAGUACAUCUUGCCCAAGUCUUGAGGUCAUUGCUACGAUGAAAAAUAAUGGGGAGAAAAUAUGUCUGGAUCCAGAGACUGAGAUGAUCAAGAAUAUACUGAAAGCAUUUAACAAGAAAAGGUCUAAAAGAUCUCAAACACCGAGAGAAGCUUAAUCACUGCACUACUGAUAAGGAUGGACCAUCAGUUCCUUAAAUACAGUAUAUAUCAAGCCCAAAUUGUCCCUGGAUUGCAGUUCUCCUAAAAGGUGAUGAACCAGUCACCAAAUUCGGUGCUGUUAUUCCUGCAGGGCUGUUCAGUAGUAACUCUGCCCUGGUACUAUAUUAUAAGCUAUGCUUAGGUGCCACAUUCUUAGUGAAUGUGCCAAAUCCUAGCCCUGCUUUCUUCACCUUUGAUACCUUUUAAAUGUUAUUAAGCGAUCUUUCUGCCUCUGGGCUUACCAAAGUUCUUAGAAUCUCAAAUAACUAAGAAGAAUGCAAUUGAAAUAAUUCAACAUGCUUUUUAAAGAAAGAUCUUUACUCCCUGGGCUUCUACUGCCAUCCUUCAAAGGGGCUCAGAUUCUUCUGGUGGUUGUAUGCUCCUGUGUGUGUGUGUGUGUGUGUGUGUGUGUGUGUGUGUACAUAUGUAAUUUAAAAUACAUAGAAGGUAGAAAUGUCUAAAAAUGUAUGUGGAAACAGUAUUAUUUAAUGAAAAACUAUACAAAGUAGAAUUCUUAGACAUAUGUUUCUUACAUUGUUUUCAGUGUUUAUAACUUGUAUAAAUUAUAUGCAUGAAUGAGCAAAAGAAUAAAUUUUUAAAUCUAAGUAUUUUCUUUGUAUAUCAUGUAAGACAAAUAUGCUGGUUGUUUUUCAAAAUAAAAAUGAUGUGCUUUCUGGAGAGACCAAAAAAAUAAUAAACUAAUUACAACUAUGA